GAGCGCUGGGAUAGAAAGCCAACCGACACGUGUUCGUUUUUCAUCUGACAAACAAAAAAAAAAGGUAUGUUUUAUUUACGUUUUAAAAAGAAAUCCACCAAAGCAAAUUCAGUUCUUGCUCUUGGCACGCAACUAACUUCUCGUUGUCGGAGACUGAUUCGUGCGUGACACAUGUCAAAUGAUGAGUGUGAACAUGGCUACCGAAUCGGGCGCUAGAUAAAGAGAUUUUCAAAAUGUCUUUUAUGCUACCGACGUAAAAGAAAGAAAGAAAUUGUUAGGUAAGGACCUACUAAUUUCAAAACUUCAGGAAGAAGAUGAUUUCAGGCCCGGGAUACUUCUUGAUAUUCGUUAUGACAUGUUGGCUUAUUUUGUACACAAAGGAUUCCAUGGCGAGAAGUGACUCUGCUUUGGAAGUACAAGGUUAGCUUUCAAUUCGUCGAUCGAUGAGCGUUGUGGCUGCUGGUGUUAUGUGCUAUCUUACAAUGGAUACAGGUCUGGUUACGGUAUUAAACACUGUUACCUUAGCCACAUAUCAGCCUUUCUCUUUGUGAUCGUGAUUGACUUUCUGUACAAUUAUCCCACACUGUCUAAACUCAUUCACUGUCUUGUGCUAUUGACAUGUACAAAAUAUAACCUACAAAAUUUAGAACUUGUCGUAUUCAGAACGAACGAUUUGAUCCUAUGCAAGAAAUAUGUCACCAAAAUCUUAUAGCUGAAAAAAUUAUGUCGUUGAAUGUUGAAGACAGAAUGCAAAGUUCUUGUAUGACACAAGAUCUUGUUCAAACGCUUACUAUUUUGCUUGUGUAAGAUCUGAGUUUGCAAAUUUGGAGAUUUAAUCGAUAGAUUUGGACUUGAAGGUGGUCCAUGUUUUAAAUUUUUCUGCGGACCUAAAUUAAGUCUUUGUUGAGUCAUCUAUGCGUUUUGUUUGGAGCAAUAUUGGACAGAAAUCUCCCUUUUUAUUCCAAGACUUAAUGCUUAAGCUACUGAUUAGUUAUAAACCAUCCUGUAUACUUUUCUAGAGAGUGAAAUCUUAUGACUUGUGUAGCAAUGCAGUUUAAGUCAACUAAAGCUCUCAAGUCCAUGCUGGCAAAGAGAAAGAUUUCAUGGGCAUCACCUAUCAAGGGUGGAAAAGAGAAGAGGGUAUGGGGGCAUGUUCCCCUGGAAAAUUGUAAAAAAAUAAAAUAGCUAAAUUGUGCAUUUCUUUAAUCUGAGAGAGAAUUUUUGCUGUUAAGAAGUGUGCAAAAUGAGUGCAUAGGGAACAAUGAGUAAAUUAUAUUUGGAAGGAUAAUUUUAUAGGUUCUUAAUGAAAGCAGCAGUUUGCUAUCUCAAAAUCAACAGAAUAAAUGCAAAACCUUAUAGGAGUGAGGAAUAAUGGCUUUAGCAUGAGAGUGUAAGAAUGAAUUUGUUUGCGUGAGUUUCACACCCAAUGCAUGAGACUGGAGAGCUCUAAGUCAACACAACACAUUUAGCAUACUACAGCAUUUUUUGCUUUUGUUUCGUUUAUGUACCCAGUCUGAGUAUGGUAAUUUACAAGGGAUUCUUCAAUGCAUGCCAUUUGUUUAUUAAUGGUGCUGUAAAUUUUUAGUGGGUAGGGAGAUUCAUUGUAAAAGGAAAUGAUAGGAUGAGGGCUGGAAGAAUAAAGUAACAUUUCAAUAUUCCAAAAGGCAAACAAAUUUCCAAACUUAAAUAUGUUUGUUCUACCUUAAGAAUGAUGUUCACCAACCAACUGUCAAGCACAAAAGUAAAAUCAAAAAGUGGAAUUAAACACAAUAAAAAUAGAGGAACUGUAUUUUCAGGAGGGUGAAAAACAAAGAGACAAUUGUAAUGCUGUAAUCAAUGCUGUCUCCACUGCCUUGGGUAUAACCUUCACCAAUAACUAUUUUGUUUUAAUUAUGCAAACCCCUUGAGAAGGCUAUAACACUGUUUAUACAACAGCUCAACAGAAUUGCCCUUUACUCCUGUGAAAAAAUCCUUAAGUCUGUGAGAGAUUUUGUUUUCAUGGCAUUGUUUAAAAACCACAAGCUGUAUCAAUUUGUUCUGACACAAGAAAGAGCUGAUGACAUCACCAAGUGUGAGCUGGUUACUAAGCCAGCGUUGGUUUCGCAACCUAUGAGGGAUGGUGUACAUUAG